AUGGCUUUGGUAUUGGCCAUACAACAUUGGAGGCCUUACUUGUUGGGGCAAAGAUUUGUGGUGCAUAACGAUCAGAGGAGCCUCCGCCACCUGUUAGAGCAGCGUAUUACUACUCAAAACCAACAAAAUUGGAUUGCCACACUGUUGGGAUACGAUUUUGAGAUAGUAUACAAGGCAGGCGUUACCAAGAAAGCAGCGGAUGCCCUGUCUAGGAGGGAUGAGGGGUUUAAGGAGGAGGAAAAAGAGUUGGGAGUGAUGGUCAGGCCAUACUGGCAGGACUUUGGAGAGAUUUUAAAGGAGGUGGAGGAAGAUGACACUUUGAGGAAGGAAAGGUUGCACUAUAAAGGGAGGUUGGUGCUGUCAGCCAACUCCACAUGGAUUCCCAGGUUGCUAGCAGAGUUCCAUGUUACGCAGACAGGGGGACACUCUGGUGUUUACAGAACUUAUCGGAGAUUGGCGCAAUCCAUGUAUUGGGUCGACAUGAAGAAGAAGGGAGCAAUUCGGUGCACCCCGUUUGAGACAGUUUAUGGGCGGCGACCUCCAUCCUUGCAACGAUUCAUACCGGGAGAGUCAUUGAUAGAAGCGGUGAGUCAAGAGUUGCAGACCCGAGACGAGGCUUUAAGGCAGAUGAAGUUCCACUUGGAGAGGGCUCAAGAGUUAAUGGUUAAACAAGCCAACAAGGGAAGGAGCCCUGCGAAUGUUGAAGUAGGGGAUUGGGUAUACUUGAAGAUAAGACCCCAUCAGCAAUCUUCCAUGCCAACCAGACUUCACCCGAAAUUAGCAGCCAGAUAUUUUGGACCGUUUCAGGCAAUAGGAGAGAAAGUGGAGAAGGAGUUGCCUCCAGAUUUACAGGCUGAUGGACCCUUGUUUUGGCCGGUCAGGGUGCUGGGAAGGAGAUUCACGCAGAAAGGGGAAGAGGAAGUACCACAGUUGUUGAUAGAAUGGCAGGAGGGAGGACAAGAUGGGGCGACGUGGGAAGAAGAAAUUGCUAUCCGGGAACAGUACCCCGAUUUCAACCUUGGGGACAAGGUUGAACUUCAGGCAGAGGGCAAUGAUAAGAAUUACAAGAGUUGGAGGGUUUAUGAGAGAAGGAAGAGAAAUACAUAA